AGAAAAAUGGAGAAUUCAGUGCAGCUAAGCUCUGGCAAUGUUCCCCUGUCAAGUAGAAGAUUUGAUAAUCUGUUUCUGAGGAAAAUAAGGGGAUGGAUACCCAGCAACUUUUGGCAAGAAGCGAAACUUAUAUCAAGACUGGCUGGGCCAGUGUGUCUGACAGAGCUGAUGACACUCUUAAUAAGUAUUGUCAGCUCUGCAUUCUGUGGACAUUUAGGAAAAAUUGAAUUGGACGCAGUCAGUCUUGCUACAGCGACAACAACUGUAUUAGGUACCUCCAUCGGUGUCGGGUUGUCUGCAGCAUGCGACACACUCUUAUCUCAGACGUUUGGCAGUAAGAACCUGAAGCGAAUCGGAGUGAUUCUCCAACGAGGGAUCCUCAUUCUCCUGAUCGCCUGCUUUCCCUGCUGGGCUUUCUUCAUAAACACUGAGCACAUUUUAUUGGCUUUGAAACAGUCUCCUGCAGUAGCCAAGUUAGCACAAAACUAUGCGAUGAUAUUCAUUCCUGGUCUUCCUGCAGCAUUUCUUUAUGUCUUAGAGGUCAAGUACCUUCAGAACCAGGGGAUUAUCCUGCCUCAGAUUAUCAUUGGUUUCUUAACUAACAUCUUAAAUGCUGUCAUCAAUUACGUCCUGCUAUUUGUACUGAUGCUAGGAGUGCCGGGCUCAGCAGCUGCUAAUGUGAUUUCUCAGUACUGCCAAGUUAUUUUCCUGUUUGUUUACAUUCGAUGGAAAAAAUUGCAUGAAAAGACUUGGGAAGGAUGGUCCACUGACUGCCUGCAGGAGUGGGGUCCCUUUCUACAGCUGGCAAUUCCCAGCAUGGCCAUGAUAUGUGUUGAAUGGUGGUCUUUUCAUAUUGGAACAUUCCUCGUAGGGUUAAUUAAUGAAGUUCAACUUGGAGCCCAGUCCAUUAUUUUUCAGACAAUCACAAUAGCAUACAGGGUGUCUGUAGGGUACAGUGUGUCUGCAACUGUUCAUGUGGGGAAAGCGCUUGGAGGCAGUAAUCCACAGCAGGCUGUAAACUAUGCAAAAGUUGCUAUAUACUGCGAUGCAUGUAUCUGCUUAAUAAAUGCAGUGAUACUUGGAGCAGUAAGGUCUGUGGUGGGUUAUGUCUUCACCAGUGACAAAGAAAUUGUUCAGCUGGCUGCGGAAGUAGUUCCACUAUCUGCUGUGUUUCAUCUCUUUGAUUCUGUAUCGGGUGUGUGUGGUGGAGUGUUAAGGGGAGCUGGGAAGCAAAAAUUGGGAGCGAUCGGCAACCUGGUCGGAUACUACCUAAUUGGAUUUCCCAUUGGAAUUACCCUGAUGUUUGCUGUAAAACUUGGUGUAUUUGGUCUCUGGUGUGGAAUGCUCAUUUGCGUGCUUGUACAGUUAGUUUUCUUUCUGACAGUGAUUUACAGAAUCAACUGGAAUAAAGCAUCUGAUGAGGCUCUGGUUAAUGCAGGUGUGGUGAAAGACAUGGACACCGCAAACAGUGCCUCUGGUGGUCAAAUGCAGGAUAUCUCAACAGAAGUAGACACAGGGAACUGUGCAAUGAAUCCGAUUCCCAGUGUUUGUCAAUCGGAACUACAGACAGAGGAGGACCAGGUGAUGGAUACGUCUUCCAUUGUGGACACUGGAGUUACCACAGUCGGAGAAAUCCUGUCCACAAAACAACUGAUCAUUCGCCGUGGCCUAGCCUUCCUCUCAGGACCCCUGAUCCUGGCCAUUGGACUGAUGAUACACUUCAUUCUCGCAAAAGGCUUGUAGGCUCGCAAGGAAAAGACAGAGCACUGUUACUCACUAAAUAAAAACUGAAAGAACUGCGGAUACUGUAAAUCAGGAACAAAAACAGAAGUUGCUGGAAAAUCUCAGCAGGUCUGGCAGCAUCUGUGAAGAAAAACUCAGAGUUAUUGCUUCGGGUCAACUUCUGAGGAAGGGUCACCGGACCCGAAAAGUUAACGCUGAUUUUUUUUCUUCACAGUUACUCCCUGCAGCAUGAAUAGUGACAGUUUGACCAAAGGGCAACAGAGGCCAAAGUUCAUAUAAAACCUGUUCUUAUUGAUGAAAUCCAAGCUAAUACCAGAUAAACAAUUAAAAAAGAAUUAUUAACAACAA